UUUCCUUUUGAACAAAAACAACUCAUGCAUUGAUAUCUGCAUCAUAUUUCUAUAAUAUGGAAGAGGAGGAUAAUCAAACUGGGAAUACCUCUCGUCGUUUCUUAGUUGAUCGGAGGGCUUUCGAUCAAGGAGUAUUUAACGAAGCUUAUCAAGUAUAUAGCGUCAAGGAACCCCAUGCCAAAGAGAAAAUAAGGAGAGCUUUUAAGUGUAAAUGCUCCUUCAAAUCGGCCAUCAAAAUCAUUCGAACUCUCUUCCCGAUUAUAGAUUGGACCAGAAAGUAUGACGUUCGGAAGUAUUUAUUUACCGAUAUCAUUGUGGGAUUAACUGUUAUAGUUUUUCAAGUACCGCAAGGAAUGGCAUAUGGACAAUUAGCAGACGUUUCACCUAUUAACGGUUUAUACACAUCUUUCUUCCCUGUGUUAAUUUAUGCAUUAAUGGGUACAUCAAAACAAUUAUCUGUUGGAACGUAUGCAGUGAUGUCACUGAUGGUAGGAGGAAUCGUUGCAAAGUAUCCAGUUGAAGAUUUUUGCCAUUCGGAAAAUUGUACGACAUGGAAAGAUCCAAUCAACAACACCCCCAUAAGAGCCUUGGAUAUAGUUAUCAUGCUUUGCUUUAUAUCUGGUUUAUAUCAACUCAUUUUUGGUUUACUAAGAUUCGGAUCUUUGAGUGUAUUCCUUUCUCCUCAACUAGUCAGUGGAUUUACUACUGCAGCCGCUAUACAUAUCCUCACUAGCCAGUUCAGAUACGUUCUAGAUUUAGAAAUUGUUCGUUAUAACGGGGCUUUCAAUCUAAUCUAUACUUAUAUAGCGCUGUUUAAAAAUAUUUCACACACCAAUUUAGUGACCUUGGCUAUGUCUCUUUCUACUAUUGGCUUUAUGGUCUUUUUCAAAGAGUUGGUCGAGCCUCGAGUGAAGAAAAAGAUCAAAAUUCCACUUCCAAUCGAAAUCGUAGUGCUUACAAUAGGAAUCAUAACAUCAAAUACCCUUCAUUUAAACCAAAAAUAUAAUAUGACCGUCGUAGAUUCCGUUCCAGUUGGAUUGCCGAAUCCGGUACCUCCAAAUUUUCAUAUUUUUACUAAAUUGGCUUAUGAUGCUUUACCUUUAGCAAUUGUCAGUUUUGCAUCUUCAAUAUCCAUAGCUAAAAUCUAUGCCGAUAAACAUAACUACGUCAUCAACUGCAAUCAGGAACUGAUUGCUUUAGGAAUAGCUAAUAUUUUUGGAACUUUCUUCUCUUGCAUCCCCGCAACUGCAUCUCUAUCCAGAAGUAACGUGCAGAGUGAAAGUGGAGGAAAAACUCAACUUGUAAGCUUGGUGAAUUGUAUCGGACUUCUGUUUGUUCUACUUUUCUUAGCUCCUAUUCUUCAAGGUUUGCCCAGUUGUAUUUUGGCAGCUAUCACAAUUGUAUCACUGAAAGGUUUGCUGAUCCAAAUUACAGAUUUAAAAAAAUACUGGAAAAUAUCUAUUCUGGAUGGGAUGAUAUGGCUGGUAACAUUUCUUGCAGUCAUCAUUUUAGGUAUAGAUAUUGGCUUAGGCGUAGGUGUUGGAUUUUCGCUUUCAACGUUAAUAUUGAGAACUCAGAGGCCAAGAUCUUAUUUACUGGGUGAAGUAGGAAAUACUAAUGUUUACGUUCCAGUUAAAAAAUAUUUAGUGGCAAAAGAAAUUCCUUCAGUGAAAAUAUUUUAUUUUGGUGGUCCGUUACAUUUUGCAAAUGCCGAAUAUUUUAUGAAUAUGAUAGAAAAUAGAGUUUCUGUAAAUAUCAGGUCGGUCUCAUUGUACUUUAUGUCUGUAAUAAUUUUAUUCUUAUGUGAACGCGAUAAUAACCAGAGGAAAAUUACACAUUUCAUCGCUCUUUUGCAUCGAAAAUUAUUUCAUAGUGUUGAAAUGCAUUAUGAACAUAGAUGUAAUCGCUACCAUUUUUUGCAGAUGAUAUGGCUGGUAACAUUUCUUGCAGUCAUCAUUUUAGGUAUAGAUAUUGGCUUAGGCGUAGGUGUUGGAUUUUCGCUUUCAACGUUAAUAUUGAGAACUCAGAGGCCAAGAUCUUAUUUACUGGGUGAAGUAGGAAAUACUAAUGUUUACGUUCCAGUUAAAAAAUAUUUAGUGGCAAAAGAAAUUCCUUCAGUGAAAAUAUUUUAUUUUGGUGGUCCGUUACAUUUUGCAAAUGCCGAAUAUUUUAUGAAUAUGAUAGAAAAUAGAGUUUCUGUAAAUAUCAGAAAGCUGAGAGCUGAAAAAGAAAAAUCCGAAUGUAAAAUUCAACGGAAUAUAUCAAUUGCUUCCAUCAUUAGUUCGAGUAUCGAAAUGGACGAAACGUCAGAAAUACCAUCGUAUAUUAUUAUAGAUUGUUCAGGAUUUAAUUAUAUAGAUACACCUGGAGUCAUUGCAUUGAAAAAAGUAAUUGAAGAAUUUCGUGAAGUCGGUAUUACAGUUUACAUUGCAGCUUGUCCGGCAAAUGUCAACGCAAUGCUUAAGAAAAUGGACUUCUUUACCGAUGUAUCACAUAAUUCAGUGUAUCCAACUGUUCACGAUGCUGUUCUUCAUUGUAAUCACGAAAUUCAUGUAUCUGUAUAACAUAUAACUUACUUUUUUAAUAUAAAAUAAAAUUUCAUUUGCUACUG